AUGAACCUUGCGGACACUACCAACGACUGCAAGAAGACUGUCUAUUAUGAGGCGUGUAUACCCGCGCUCUUCGGGCAAGGAUGCACUCGCUUCCCGGUCACUGGGCCGUGCGAGAGUCAGUUCUGUCCUCGCAACUGCACAGGACACGGCCACUGCGAGGAGAGGAACCUGGAGGCUUCUUGCGCGUGCGAGGCAGGAUACACUGGUCACUACUGUGCUACCCAGUUGUGCCCGGCGGACUGCUCGGGGCACGGGAGGUGCCAUGCCCUAGACGGAACUUGCGAUUGCGACAAGGGGUUUGGCGGGUUGGACUGCUCUCAGGUUCAGUGCCCUGACAACUGCACACAUCCCAACGGGGUUUGCGAUCUCAAGACGGGUAUCUGCACCUGCCAGACAGGCUACAGUGGUAUCGACUGCUCGCACGAGCCUAAGAAGUUGUAUAACGAGUCAUGGGGAGUGGUUUUCGCUCUUUCUCUCGUGGGCAUCUGCACAAUCUUCAUCUACAUGAUCAACUUGUCAAGGUUCAAGUUCUUGCCAGACUCUAUCUCAGCAAUCAUGAUCGGAGCAAUCGUUGGCCUCAUGAUACGUAUAAUGGGAGUAGACAAUAAGCACUUUAUUUUUAUUCGCGCAAACUCGAUUUUUCUCUUCUUCCUUCCUCUUAUCCUUUUCGAGAGCGGCUACUGUCUCAAGAAGGCCUCGUUCUUCCGGAACUUCCCCACCAUUCUUGUCUUCGCUGUUUUCGGAACUAUCAUCUCUGCUAUGGUUGUUGGCGCAGGAACUUUCUGGUUGGGUCAGCAGGGCCUUGUAUACAAACUUUCAUUCUUGAACAGCAUCAUCUAUGGAGCGUUGCUCGCGUCCACCGAUCCUGUCGCCACCCUUGCGAUCUUCCAGGCGCUCAAGGUGGAUCAUACACUGUACAUGCUUGCCUUUGGAGAGUCUGUCAUCAACGAUGCGGUCUCCAUCGUUCUGUUCGAGUCCAUCCUAUCGCAGUAUUACAUCAACCAGGAACAUCAUUCCAUGGCUCACUUUCCGGUUCAGUUUGUCUUCACUUUCACUGCCUCGAUCGUCAUCGGCGUUACCUGCGCUCUCUUUGCUGCCCUGACGUUCAAGCAUCUGCACCUUCGCGAGCUCUCGUCGAGCCCGAUCGAGAUCUCGCUCAUGCUCGUGUUCUCCUACAUGCCCUACCUGCUGGCCGCGUCCAUGCGCCUCGUCCGGUGA